AUGGCAGCUUUCUUUUUAGCAAUGGUUAUGUUUCCAGAGGUCCAGCAUAGGGCUCAAGAAGAGCUUACCCGAGUGAUUGGCACCGAUCGACUUCCUGGGCCCGCAGACAGGGCCAGCCUGCCGUAUAUUGACAGCAUGGUGAAAGAAGUAUAUCGCUGGUCUCCUAUCGGGCCUAUGGGUCUGGUGCAUGUGGCAGAGGUCGAUAUCGACUACGAUGGAUAUUUGAUUCCAAGGGGCUCAUAUAUUCUUCCGGCGAUAUGGUGGUUUUGUCACGAUCCGGCGGUCUACGCUCAACCGAGCUGUUUCGACCCGGAGCGAUAUCUUGAUCCCCGCAACGAGCCUGACCCCAAGUCCGUAACGUUUGGCUUUGGACGUCGCAUAUGCCCUGGACGAUAUUUUGCGGACUCGGUCAUCUUCUUAUCUAUUGCUCAGAGUCUGGCGGUAUUCGACAUCAAGGAGGCAGUGGAUACGAAGGGUCUUGCAAUCGAAGCCAGACUGGAGGGACAGCCAGGUACGAUUAAUCACCCGAAAAAGUUUCCUUACAGAAUUGUACCCAGGAGCGCAAAGCAUGCGGAUCUUGUUCACAGUAUUGUCGACGAGCAGCUUUGGGAACCAGGCCACGCAAGUUUUAUCGAAGCCAUUGCAGUCCACGUCUAG